UGUCGAACUGUGUACUACAACCACAUGCAACCUACUUGCAUGCAAUGUCUGCUAUGGCCUGAGCGAUACCUGAUAACUAUUGAGCGUUGCGCUCAGGGAAGAAUCGCUAUAAACGACGUUAUCUUCACUUUGUACAGAAAAAACCCUCACGCCUCGUCAAAUAGGGAUCCAAACAAAAGCCUAAGAUGUCUUUACCUAUCAGAUAGCGGCGACCCUCUACGGAUCGACUGGUUAGCCGGAUCUCUGUAGCAGUCUGCUGCCUGCAGCAAGUCAAGAUGGACACCUCUGAAGAAGACAUUUGUCGGGUAUGUCGCUCCGAGGGGACCUACGACAAGCCCCUCUUCCACCCGUGUGUCUGCACCGGCAGCAUCAAGUUCAUCCACCAGGAAUGUCUGCUACUGUGGCUUAAACACAGCCAAAAAGAAUACUGUGAAUUAUGCAAACACCGGUUUGCAUUUACACCAAUUUAUUCCCCAGAUAUGCCCUCGCGACUGCCGGUCCAGGACAUCUUUGCAGGGCUGGUGACCAGUGUGGGGACAGCCAUCCGGUACUGGUUCCACUACACGCUGGUGGCCUUUGCUUGGCUGGGCGUGGUGCCGCUUACUGCAUGUCGUAUCUACAAGUGCUUAUUUACGGGCUCCGUGAGCUCGCUCCUCACCCUGCCACUAGACAUGCUCUCGACGGAGAACCUGCUGGCUGACUGCCUGCAGGGCUGCUUUGUGGUCACGUGCACCCUGUGUGCCUUCAUCAGUCUGGUGUGGCUCAGGGAGCAGAUCGUGCACGGCGGGCCACCCAACUGGCUGGAGCACAACCACCAGCCCCCGGCCCCGCACCAGCCUGACCAAGCGGAGCGCAACGAGGAAGCACCAGUGGACCCCGCUGUAGCUCCCGAGGGCCCGGUUCUAGAGCCAGCCGAUGCCGGAGAGGAGGCCGAGCUGGACGAGGAGGAAGAGGAAGAUGACGACGAAGAGGGCGAAGAAGAGGAGGAGGAGGAAGAGGAGGGGCAGCAGGAGGAAGCCGCCGAUGGCAACAAUGGAGGCCAAGAAGACCUGAACUGGAACGCUCUGGAAUGGGACCGCGCUGCCGAGGAGCUGACCUGGGAGAGGAUGCUCGGUCUGGAUGGCUCGCUCGUCUUCCUGGAGCAUGUGUUCUGGGUGGUGUCUCUGAACACCCUGUUCAUCCUGGUGUUUGCGUUCUGCCCCUACCACAUCGGCCACUUCUCUGUGGUAGGCCUCGGCUUGGAAGAAAACGUUAAAGACUCCCACUUCGAUGGCCUUCUCACCACCAUUCUGGGCUACAUCCUCCUGGCCGCCGCACUCAUAGUCUGCCAUACGCUGGCCUCCCUGGUGAGGUUCCAGAAAUCCAGACGGCUCCUGGGAGUCUGUUACAUCGUCGUCAAGGUCUCCUUGUUGGUUGUCAUGGAGAUAGGAUUGUUCCCUAUGAUUUGCGGCUGGUGGCUGGACAUCUGCUCAUUGGAGAUGUUUGAUGCCACUCUGAAGGACCGUCUGCAGAGUUUUGACUCUGCCCCCGGCACCACCAUGUUCCUCCAUUGGCUGGUGGGCAUGGUCUACGUCUUCUACUUCGCCUCUUUCAUCCUGCUCCUCAGAGAGGUGCUCCGACCUGGUGUUCUGUGGUUUCUGAGGAACCUGAACGACCCGGACUUCAACCCGGUCCAGGAGAUGAUCCACCUGCCGGUGUACCGUCACCUGCGAAGGUUCAUCCUCUCCCUGGUGGUGUUUGGCUCCAUAGUACUACUGAUGCUGUGGCUUCCAAUCAGAAUCAUCAAACUCAUCCUUCCUACCUUCCUGCCCUACAACGUCAUGCUCUACAGCGACGCCCCGGUCAGCGAGCUGUCCCUGGAGCUCCUCCUCCUGCAGGUGGUGCUGCCGGCCCUCCUGGAGCAGGGCCACACCCGGCAGUGGCUCAAACGGCUGGUCCACGCAUGGACCUUCACCGCCGGAUACGUGCUGGACCUCCACUCCUACCUGCUGGGGGAGUACGAGGAGGAGGACGAGAGGCAGGCCCACGACCACGAGAGGAUGGGCGGCCUGCGGGAGGGGCUCCACGCCCUCCACCAGGCCCUGCUGCAUCAGGGCGGGCCCCUGGGCUUCCAGCCCUACUACCGACCAAUCCACUUCCCCCUCAAGAUCGUUCUGCUGGUGGUCUUCAUGUGUGUGACCCUCUUACUGGCCAGCCUGACGUGUCUGACUCUACCAGUGCUGGUGGGCCGCUGGCUGAUGUCCCUGUGGAUGGGCGUGGCCACGGUGCACGAGCUGUACACGGCGGCGGGGGGGCUGUACGUGUGCUGGCUGGCGGUGCGCGGCAUCACCAUCCUGCUGGCCUGGAUGCCCCAGGGGCCCGGGGCCAUCCUGCAGAAGGUGCAGGAGUGGACCCUCAUGAUCGUGAAGACGGUGGUGGUGGCGGCCAUGCUGGCCGGGCUGAUCCCCCUGCUGCUGGGCCUGCUGUUUGAGCUGGUGGUGGUGGCCCCUCUCCGAGUCCCUCUGGCCCAGACGCCUCUCUUCUACCCCUGGCAGGACUGGGCCCUGGGUGUGCUCCAUGCCAAAAUAAUCGCCGCCAUUACACUUAUGGGCCCCCAGUGGUGGCUCAAAACGGUUAUCGAGCAGGUCUACGCCAACGGUGUGCGUAACAUCGACCUGAACUUCAUCGUGCGGCGGCUGGCGGCUCCGGUCAUCUGUGUGCUGCUGCUAUCCCUGUGCCUGCCCUACACCAUCUCAAGAGGCAUCGUGCCGCUAGUGGGCGUGGAGCCAGACAUGCAGGUUCUGGUGGAGAGGAGGAUCUACCCCUUUCUGCUGAUGGCCGUGGGGCUGCUGGCCGUGCUCUGCUUCCAGCUGCGCCAGUUCAAGCGCCUCUAUGAGCACAUCAAGAAUGACAAGUAUCUGGUUGGCCAGCGGCUGGUGAACUACGAGCGCAAGGCGGCCCAGUGCGCCGCCUCCUCCCCCUCCCCCUAGCCGCGUAGGACUUUAUUUUGAAAGGCUCUCCAGCUGACACUAAGACCCCCCACUGCAGGGGAGGUUGGUCUCUGACAUUUCAGACGGUUUGAAGGAAGGAUACGUGAACAUUUCUGCUGAUGAGGCGGGAAAACGGCAAGUGUGUUUGUACGCCACCUUUAGCAAUGUCGCAUCGGUAUAGUGAAAAAUGGCAAAACAAAAGCUGUAAUAUGCAGAUGGUGAGACAUUUAGCAUGAGGCAGUUUUUAUUUUUUACAUAUUUAUUCGAUGAAUUUGAUUUGAUUGUUUUUUUAAAAUAGAUUUCAGUAGUGCGUGUUUGGACCAAGAUGAUAGAGGCUCCAAAAACUAAUUUUAACAACUACUACCAGAAUGUUUGUUAUUUUUAGCCAAUUUUUGUAUACUUUAUGUUUAAAAUCCUUUCUGUGUGUAAUCGCAAAGUAGAUGUUAUAACUGCAGGUGGAUUCAUGCUGAUGAAUAUAUUUCUAAACAGGCAGAGGACUAACUUUAAAAGCUUUUAAGUUAACUCUCAGAGGUGACAUUCACUCAAGUACUGCAGACGGUGUAUCACUCUGAACGUUUCUAAAAUGUACAUCUUUAGCAUUUGGAAAGAAGGGCAAAAAAGGGCGCGGCCAUGAUUUUUACGUUCUCCAUAAAUUGCGUGUUAUAGACAUAUAAAAAAAACAUUUUGUUCUUUCAAAACCAGUUUAAGUUUAACAAGCCCAGUAAGGAGUGGAAUUAAAAGACAUUUGGUGAAAAUGGAAACCAGGGACGACGACGACAGGAGCAGAAUCACACUCGUUCACCUCGUUCCAGCCGGGACUCGACCACCACUGGGCGAGACUCGAACCCGCGCCCUCGGCUCUCCGUGGGAACAAACCUAGUGGGAAUUUCAUCGUGUGAUCGAGGCUCUGGUUGGAACCACUGCCCGGUGGCUAAUGUGUGAAUGCUCUGCAACACUGAAAAAGUUUCUUAAUAGUUUGUAGGUUAUUUGUUUGCAUCUCAGGGAAGAACCGGUGCAGCAGUAGGGGCUGAAUGUUGCACCCUUUGUGCCUAUAUUUCGAGUAUUACUAGAACCAUGUUCUUGUGUGGACAACGUAGGACCCUUUUUCGACUUGUGUGUUUUGCACUUUAUGCUUUUUUCUUUUUCUUCUGAAAAUAAGGUCAAAAUCCCCCCUCCCCCCUCAGACCAUCAUAACGAAAUAUUGUAAUGUCAGUAUUCUAAUGUGGUGAGUCAAUUGUUAGGUUUUAUGCUUAAAAUCAUUAAUAAGAAGCAUGGUUGAUAUAAAAAAAAAUGCUAAUGCAUUUGUUUGCUGAAUCUUUGUGUGUGUGUGUCUGUGUGGGCAUCAAGGAUUAAGUGGUGGAAAACCCACAUUUCAAUUCAUAGUUUAUAGUACUGAUCUGCAUAAACCAAAGUGUUUUACAAUUGAAGGGAAAUACUCAAAGAAACGGUUGGUUGACUCUACCAGUUAGCUCACAGCUCUCUCCACUUCCCACUGAGAUUUUUAGAUUAAAUAUGUCUUCGGUUAUAUAUGACAAUGCAAUAGACAUGAUAGCAUAUACUUGUAGAAUUUAAUCAAUGAUCAAGGUCAUAUAUACAAGGCCAAUUUUUAGGGUUAGGGGUUUAUCUGAAGACCCUGGGCUAUCAGUGAUGGUAGGACUGCUUUUUUUUUUUAAAUAAUAAUAAAUGUUAACUUGCAGUUUUAAUGCUGAUCACCUGUGAAGGCUCCUAACUCAAUGUUAAUGUUAAGCACAAUGUUAUUCUUCAUUGUCUCUAACAUAAAUAAUUAUAAGUGGAGACGUCAUCUGCAAGCAAA